AUGCCAAGGCACAUUGAUCAAGACGUGCACUCCGCGUUUGUGGAGUUUCGCGGCGAUGAUCCCAGCGCGAAAUGCCUGAGUGUGCAGUGCAUCUACUGCCAGCAGACCCGGGCCAAGAACACGACGCGUCAGAAACAGCAUCUUCUUCAAUGUGCGCCCUACCUCCAGGCACAUCCUGAUGUUGCUCUCCAGAUCUCGGGCGCUGCGUCUGCCGCCAGUGCCCAGGCUUCCCAGGCCCAGGCCCAGGCCCAGACCCAGGCCAACGUUGCCGUGCCUGGUCAAGCGUCCGGAGAUGCGCCCGCCGACGGCACCUACACCCACGACGGCACCGUGGGCGAGCAUACUGCCCUGACUUUCGUGCCGAACCCCCGCAUCAACGGCACGCCCAGCCAGGGCCGCCCGUCUCUGGGAGGCGACGGCACUCCGGCCCCCAAGAGGCAGAAGACCAAGCCGACCCCCUCCAACAUGCCCGAGAUCUCUCUGCAGGAUGUCCAUAAAGCCUUCGUUGAGUUCCGCGCCAACGAAACCGACAAGUGCCUCUCCGCCCGGUGCAUCUACUGCAAUCAAGUCCGUGCCAAGAACACGUCUCGCCAGCGGGAGCACCUCUUGACUUGCCCAGGUUAUCAGAGCAUUCUGAAGGAUAAGAUCCCGGCCAAUAACCUGCGGCAUCAGUUCGACCAGGACGACGUUGCUAGCACUCUUGCUCUCCCCGCGCCGACCAUGGACCUGGACUUCCGCAUCAGUAUCAAGGUUAAGCCAAAACUCAACAUCGGCCCGAGCCCUUCGGGUCGGCAGAGUUGGAUUCCUUGCAUUGGUGGGCAGUGGGCAGGCCGCUGGGGCAAAGGAACCAUUCUUUCAGGUGGUCAUGACAUCCAGACGAGCGUCAAGGACACCGCCACGCGCAUCGAUGCCCAGUUCCUUCUCCAGACUAACGAUGAGCAUCCUGCUCAGAUUGUUCUAACCAUGAAGGGCUGGCUGACUGCCGAGCGUGAUGUUAUGGAGCGCCUGCAGGACCCGGUGGCUGCUGAUAAUGUGGUGGCUCAUCGGUAUCGGCUCCGCGUGACGUUGCAGCUUGAGACGGGAGACGAGCGUUAUGCCGAUGUCAAUACAGGUGUUUGGGUUGGCAGUGGUUGUCGUAGGGGCGGCGAGAUAGUCUACGAUGCUUACCGGAUCAGCUAG